AUUAAUUUACAUCAUAAAAGAUGUUACCAUAUAUAGAUCACUUAUCAGAUAAGAGCUCUAUAUUCUUGUACACACUUGUCAAUUCAUCUCACGUUUUCUCUUUAGGUGUUAUCAUUGCAGAAACAUAUAUGCUCGCAUGAUAUUAAUUCAUCACAUCAUAUGAAAUAAUAGAUUUAACUUCCUUUCGAGUGAAACUCGUUACACGUUAUGAAGCAUAAACUAAUAAUUGCUACAUUUCUUGGUGUAAGCGGUGGUAUUAUAUUUGGAUUAGUUUUAAAAUAUUGUACUCCACAGCCGUGGUCCCAACGAAAGAUAAUGUAUAUAAAAUUUCCUGGAGAAAUAUUCAUGAGUUUAACAAAUAGUAUAAUACUACCAUUGGUAGUAUCUAGUGUUAUAAGUGCAACUUGCAAUUUAAGCAAGUCAGGUCCUAUUGGAUUAAUGGCACUGUGCUAUUAUUCCAUGACAACCUCGAUAGGAAUAAUUCUAAGUGUUAUAUUGACGCAAAGUAUAAGGCCAGGUAAAUUACUUAACAAUAAAAACCUUACAUCGGAUUUGGCAACUAAACAUUUUAUGACAAUUGAUACGCUUUUGGACUUAUUACGUAAUUUAAUAUCAGACAAUUUAAUUAAAGCAUGUUUUAUGCAGUAUCAAACAGUUUUGAAGGGACCAGAAAAUACGACCAAAGUACCGAUAGACGAAUGGGCUAUAACGCAUCGAGAUAUACCAGGCACCGAUGUAAUUGGUUUGGUAUUUUUCAGCUUGCUAUUAGGUUUAGCAGCUGGCAAGUUGGGUGAAAAAAAUAGGCCUCUGUUAAAUGUUAUAGAUUCAUUUUCUCAAGUGAUGAUGAAUAUUAUGAAUUGGAUAAUUAUGAUCGCACCAAUUGGAAUAUUUUUUCUUAUUCCUGGUAGAAUUUUAGAAAUGACAGAUUUUAGUUUAAUAUUUAAACAAUUAGGUGCUUAUAUAUUAACCGUUUUUAUCGGUCUGAUAUUACAAGGAUUUUUAAUAUUACCAAUACUAUAUUUUCUACUUACACGUAGAUCUCCGUACAAAAUUAUAAUGAAACUAGGUCCCGCCUUUGCAACAGCAUUUGGAACAUCAUCGAGUACAGCUACUGUCCCAGUGACGAUAAAGUGCUUAGAAGAAGUCGGUAUAGAUCCCAAAGUGCUGAAAUUUGUUGUACCGAUAGGUGCUACUAUCAAUAUGGAUGGAAUAGCAUUAUAUGAAACUGUUGGAGCAAUAUUUAUUAUCCAGAUGCGAGGAUUAAAUUUUUCAUUAUUUAAAAUAAUAACCAUCAGUAUUACAUGCACUAUCUCGUGCAUUGGUGCAGCUGGAUUGCCCAGCGGUGGCUACGUGAUGUUAAUAAUGGUACUAAAUUCUAUUGGAGUCCCAGUUGAUGAUAUCGCAUUAAUUAUUGCUAUUGAUUGUUUCGUGGAUCGAUUCAGGACAACUAUAAAUAUUAUUUCCGACGCUUUAGGAUCUGGUAUAAUAUCUUAUUUACUUACGAAUAAAUACAAGCAAUACGGAAAUACGAUGUUUGCGGAAACGCAAUCGUUGACCAAGAUAGUGAAAUAAAUGGUGUACAAGUAAAAUAAUAUAUUUCAAUAAAAAUAUGACGUCGGAGAAA